AUGGAGAAGAUAGAGACUGGGCUGCCCCGUCUCAGUCUCCUGGUCGACGCGCUCGCGCAGGCCGCGGGCAGGCAGGCGGAGGAGGCGAAGCGGGCGACUGAGGAGAACGGGCGGCUGAGGCAGCAGGUCGCGCAGCUCGACGGCGAAGGGCAGCGGGCAGGGGCGUUGCAGGACCAGAUCGCCCGGCUGCGCGCCGGCACGGCCAAGAGCGCCGCCCGCGAGGCGCAGCUCCUGGAGCAGAUGGCGAGGCUGCGCGAGCUGAAGGACAGCUACAGCGCGGAGUACGAGGACGAGCACCAGCAGGGCGAGGCGUGGGAGGAGAAGGCCGAGGACCUGGACAAGAAGCUGCAGGCGGCCCUCGGGGAGAAGGAGUCCCUCCGCCGCACGCAGCAGGCGGCCCUCGAGCGGGUGCGGUCCGCGCGCGCGGAGGAGGACGAGUUCUUCGAGGAGAACGACAAGCUGCAGAAGCAGAACGAGGCCCUCGCGCAGCGACUCCGCGACAAGUCCGCCGCGGCCAACGGCAGCUCCGAGGAGGCGCGGUCUCUGAGUCAACAGGUGCAGGAGCUGCAGGCCAGCGAGGCCAGCGACGAGCAGAACUCGCACGCGGCGUGGGUGGCCAACGAGCGCGAGCUGAUGCAGGCGCGCCGCGACCUCCAGGCCGCUGUCGCCCUGCAGACGGGCGUGAAGGCGGAGCUCUUGCGCACCCGGGCCGUGCUGGAUCCGCGCCAGCGCCAGCUGCUUGGUACUGGCCCGAAGUGGACACUGCGGCCCAUUGCCUUCGGUGAAGGUAUGCCCAACCAGGUCGAGUGCACUCACACGGUCGAGUACACGGCGAGUGCCCAGUCUCGCGGGCGGUUCGCUAGCUUCCGCCGCGACAGCGACCAGGACGACCCGUGCUUGGUCACCCUCUUCGCCGAGGAUACCGGAUACCGCGCCCUGCGGGCCAGGCCGCGCUCCGCGUCCUGCGGCGAGGUUAUAGACGACACCGUUGGUGGCCGCGGCACGCCCACCGCUCGCGCGGCGGCGGUGCCGAGGCGCAGCGGCUCCGUUGGAGAGGCGACAGUGGGCAAGGUGGGCAGGGCCGCCCCGCCCGUGGAGCACGCGGUGCUCACAGGCCAGGCUCCACUCGCGUUCGAGAGGCGGCUCGCGACGCCCGAGUCGUUGUCGGCUGCGAGAUGA